AUGGCUGCGAAGUGUAACUGGAUUAUUGGUCAGCUUUUAGCGGUUUGGAUUAAGAUCUGUUUUUCUUCCUGUGGUGACCUUAUUCAAGCGGAAUCGGGAGACAUUCGUUUUCCAGUCAACGGAGGAAAUGUUGGCGAACGAACACAAUGUGUUUGGACGAUUUCAGUGCCCGAGAGAUUUCGCGUGAAGCUCACAUUUACAGAUUUUGUAAUGAAAACAACAUGUUGUUCAUGCCGACACGAUUAUUUAGAAAUCCGCGACGGUUUGCUGCACAAUUCAACUCUCAUCGGAAGAUAUUGUGCUAACAGGCAGCCUAAAUAUGUUUACUCAUCACAAAAUGUUAUAUGGAUUAAAUUUGGUUCGGAUUUUCGGACGUUCGAGGGAAAUCGAUUUCGGUUGUCCUACGAAGCUGUUUGCGGACGCCAUUUCUCAGAAACCUCGGGAGGUUUUAGCUCCUUUGGAUUUCCUUUGUCGUACAAAAAGACCAGAGAUUGUAUUUACAGUAUUGAAGUCCCAAAGGGAAGAAUCAAAGUGAAGUUCGACAGCUUCAGCUUGGAAGGUCGCAUGCCUAUUUGCUUGUAUGAUUUUCUUGAAGUGAGUGAAAUCCGAUCUGUAGAACUCUCAAGUUUUCAAGGACAAUCUCGACGUCGUCGCUAUUGCGGGAACGAAAAGCCUCCUAUUAUAUACUCCACAAGGGGAAGUUAUCUCUUUUUUAGGUUCAAGAGCAAUGACUCUGGUGGAAAAUCGGGAUUUGUGGCUAGUUAUCGUACCAUUUCUGUUGGAGAAGGAACUUGUGAUGGCAUGCUUAAAGAUAAAUCUGGUCUAAUUUACUCUCUAAAUUACCCAUAUCGCUUCCCAGUUGGAAAGGAAUGCGUGUGGAAAAUCCAAGUUGCAUCUGAGAUGCAUGUUCAUCUAUAUUUUGAUACACUGGAAUUUGGAUCAAAGGAAGAGGGCUGCCAGGAUGCCAAUUUGGAAAUUUUUGAUGGUUCAGACAUUUCUUCACAUAAAAUUGGACGGUACUGUGGAGACCUGAUACCCUCUAAAAUUGUAUCAAGAACAAAUGAGUUGACGAUAAGAGCAGUGUCAACGUUAAGGGCACAGGAAACAGGCUGGUUUUCACUGCGUUAUGAGUCAUCUCCUGUGAGUGCGUGUGGAUUGGAGAAAUUUACUUGCACCGAUAGGCAAUGUGUUGACAGCUAUUUCAAGUGUGAUGGCAAAAAGGAGUGCAGUGAUGGAUCAGAUGAGGAUGGUUGCCCUGUGGUAGAAGAGUCUAAUAAAUUUACAUGGUACAGGUUUUGGCCUGUUAGUAUAGUUGGUGGCAUGCUCAUUGUGGGUGUCUGGCUUUGGCGUGCAUGGAAGAAGAUCAUGUUGGCCCGCUCUCAAUUAGAGAAUAAUCACACCACAACUCUGCCGCCGAGUCAAAUAGAAAUGCUCCCAUGUGCUGUCACAGGACCUCCAAGUUACACCGAGGCUGUUGCACAAGACAACAGGCCUCCACCUUCAUACGAGGAAGCUCUAAGAGAACAAACAAGCCUGCAGCACACAGAAAGAAACUCUUCUCAUGAUAUUGUAGGUGAUUCUACAAUAGAUCACAGAACUGAUAAUACUGUUACUUCACCACCAGAAAAUACACUUACAUCCCCGGUGUCAUCCAUGGUGGUUUACAGAACUUCGGCAUCUCCGUAUGAUAGCCAUCGCUCGCCUUAUGACAGUCAUAGAAUGAGUAGUGACAGUCGCAGUUCUGUGCAAAGAGUUUAA